AUGGACAUGAAAGAAAUUCCAAGCGCAAGUUUAUUUGCAUAUCGUCGUCAUGAUCAACAACAUAAUGAAUUGCUAAGACAAGAAAUUACUGUUAUUAUGUUAAUAUUGAGAGCAAAGUUUUCAUCUCAAUUCACUUUAUUCCGUUCUUAUGACUGCAUUGACUACGUCACAGAUAAUAAAGAAAAAUUGAUCAAUUUUCUAUGCACGACUCAACAAAUGCAGAGUGAAGACCAUUCGCCACCGUGUGGAGGAUGA